AUGGGGAUUGAGCUUCUCGAUGGCUUUUGCACUCCAGAUGAAGCUCCAGUGGCAUUUGGGGACACUUGGGCUCUGUGUCCUGCUGUAGGUGGGACACCCCAUCCUCCAUUCUGGCAGACAGGUGCUGACAGUUGGCUUUUCUCUUUCAGGUGCACGUUCAGGUUCCCGAGCACAAACAUCAAGAUCACGUUCACUGCCCUGUCCAGUGAGAAGAGGGAGAAGCAGGAGGCUCCCGAGUCCCCGGUGAAGCCCGUGCAGGCCCACAUCUCGCCCCUGACCAUCAACAUUCCAGACACCAUGGCCCACCUCAUCAGUCCCCUUCCCUCCCCGACGGGAACCAUCAGUGCUGCAAACUCCUGCCCAUCCAGCCCCCGGGGAGCAGGGUCUUCGGGGUACAAAAUGGGCCGUGUGAUACCAGCUGACCUCAAUAUAAUGGCCGACAACUCGCAGCCAGAAAAUGAAAAGGAAGCUUCUGGUGGAGACAGCCCAAAGGAUGAUUCAAAGCCACCUUAUUCCUAUGCACAAUUAAUCGUACAAGCAAUUACGAUGGCUCCUGAUAAGCAACUUACUCUAAAUGGAAUUUAUACUCACAUCACUAAAAAUUAUCCGUACUACAGGACAGCGGACAAGGGCUGGCAGAAUUCAAUUCGCCACAAUCUCUCUCUGAAUCGUUAUUUCAUCAAAGUACCACGUUCCCAGGAAGAACCAGGCAAAGGCUCAUUCUGGAGGAUAGAUCCUGCCUCUGAAAGCAAAUUAAUAGAGCAGGCUUUUAGGAAAAGACGGCCUAGGGGCGUGCCUUGCUUUAGAACCCCUCUGGGACCGCUCUCCUCUAGAAGUGCCCCAGCCUCUCCCAAUCACGCUGGAGUGCUGUCUGCUCACUCCAGUGGUGCCCAGACCCCUGAGAGCCUGUCGAGGGAAGGUUCACCGGCCCCCCUGGAGCCCGAGCCCAGCGCCUCACAGCCCAAACUGGCCGUCAUCCAGGAGGCACGGUUUGCCCAGAGUGCACCAGGCUCGCCGCUGUCUAGUCAGCCCGUUUUAAUCGCCGUGCAGCGGCAGCUGCCACCGACCAUCAAGCCCGUCACCUACACAGUCGCCGCUCCCGUGACCACCUCGACCUCCCAACAGCCUGUCGUGCAGACGGUGCACGUUGUCCACCAGAUCCCUGCCGUGUCUGUCACCAGCGUGGCCGGCCUAGCCCCCGCGAGCACGUACACUGUCGCCGGCCAGGCUGUGGUCACUCAGGCGGCCGUGCUGGCCCCUCCUCAGGCAGAGCCACAAGAGAAUGGAGAUCACAAAGAAGUAAAAGUGAAAGUGGAACCUAUCCCUGCGAUGAGCCACGCCGCACUGGGUGCCGCGAGCCGGGUCAUUCAGACGCCGCAGACCACCCCAGUCCAGACGGUCACCAUCCUGCAGCAGGCACCUCUAGGUCAGCACCAGCUCCCAAUAAAAACUGUAACACAGAACGGGACUCACGUGGUGCCCAUCCCUGCCGCCGUCCACGGCCCGGUGAACAACGCAGUGGCAAGUCCUCUGCACAUGUUGGCAACACACGCGUCGGCGUCGGCGUCCCUGCCCACAAAGCGCCAGAAUGGCGACCAGACGGAGCAGCCGGAGCUGAAGCGGGUCAAGACGGAAGACGGAGAGAGCAUCGUCAUCGCCCUGAGUGUGGACGCGCCGCCGGCAGCCGGCAGGGAGAAAGGCGUCCAAAACUAGCGACUGGGACAGCUUUUCUUACUUUAAUAUCAACUCUUGUGGUGCCAAAAGGAGACACUGCCUCUCACCGACACUCGGAGCACGUGGUCUCGGUGGGUAGAGGGCCCUGCGGUUGGACUUCACCUCAGCACUGAAAACACAAAACCCAGGUGGCCUUAAAACUCCUAAAAGACAGAAGUCACACCUGAACAAAACCACAUGCAACAAAACCUGGUUCCGGCAGCGUCUCCCCAGCCCAAGCUCAGCUCGUCACUCUGGAGCCGAGCUGCUGGGACAGGGCGGGGACCGUCCCCGCCACCCUCCCAGGACCCUUGGGGCUAGCACUGGUAGAUGAGACAGUAUUUUGUUGUUCACAUGUGGAAUUAGAAUAUU